AUGGCUCGUCCCUACACGAUCGCAACCCAUCUCCAGUAUUUCAAUACCCCUCUCGCGGACUUUAUUGCCGCUCGGCCCGAAUUCGAGAGCUUCGGCGUCGGCGGUUACAUCUUCUCGCAGGAUGAAUCCGCAACCCCGCGCGUCCUGCUGCUUCAACGCGCACUGACCGACUCGAUGCCCGGGUGCUGGGAGGGACCCGGAGGUGCAUUCGAACCUGGCAUUGACGGAACUCUGCUGGACGGUGUGGCUCGUGAAGUGCUCGAGGAGACCGGGCUCCAUGUGUCGCGCGUUGUCGAGCUGGUGGCUGUUGACAGUUGGACACACACGCGUCGCAACGGCAGCAAAUUCCGCAUCGCCAAAUACUCGUUCGUCGUCGAAGUCUAUGAAUCAGUGCGUCAAUCCGACGCACAACCGGUUCCCGGAGAGGAGAUGCCCGUUCAAUUGAUGGCAAGCGAGCACCGGGCAUUCGACUGGGCGACCGAAGAAGACGUGCGGCAUUCUCUUGACGGCGACGGCAAAUAUCAAUUGCCUCGGCCAUCCACCGGCCAUCAGGCACUGAACAUUCUUCGGUCAUUUGAGUUAUACAGAGAGUUGCGGAGAGGGGCCUCCGCAGAGUUCAAUUGA